AUGAACGCAACACCGCAGACGGCGGUCGAUGAUGAAAUUCAACGGCGACUGUCAAAACUGUCCGCCUACAAACAGACGGAGUACCACUGCGUGGAGGCCAUCGCGGCACUGCGUCAGUUGCUGCGGGAGGUGUUGGAGCUCGAGGGACACGCGUCCGGCUCCAACGGCGAUGGCCCCAGUGACAGCGGCGGUCGUGCAGAGCUGGCGAAGGCACAUCAUGCGGUGCGGCGCGCCCAUCAGCAGCUGAACAAGCUUGCGAAAGAGGCCCAACGUGCGUCACGUCGCGAGGGCGGCGAGUAUGAGGCCGACCUGAAGGAAUUAUUGCGGCAUGUGGAGAGCGCCAAGCGCUGGUACCGCGAGUGCUUUCGUGUCGGGCCGGCAGGCGGCGCGGCAUAUCAGCCGCAGAGUGAUGUCGGUAGCGCGCUUGACGACGAGGGUCAAUACACGCGCUCACCCAUGCGCAGUGGGGCCACAGAUUUGACCACCCCGUUGCUUGCAGUGAGUAGUGACGGCCGCAGCCGUGGCGCGGGCAGCUGGUGCGCCGAUGCCUGUGCACCGCGCCCCACCGUCUCUGAUGAAGAGUUUCUUGUUUUUGCUGAUGAGGUGCGGCGAAACGAUGACCUUGCCGAAGCCGCAUUGGAUCGCAUCUCACACGGCCUCUCGCGGCUCCAUGAGAAUGCACUGAGUGUGACCUCCGAGCUGCAGACGCAGAGGCAACUUCUAGACGAUGUGGAGGGGAAAGUGGACACGACCCACACAAAACUCAGCAGAAUGAACAUACGGCUACGUAAAAUCCUAUCGGAUAAGGGUAGAUGUGACUGGUUUAUGUAUGCGUUCUGCUGUGUACUGUUGCUUGGCGUGAUCGUUGCAAUUGCCGUCCUGAUCAAGUCGUGA